GUAAUGAAUGAAAUAGAAGAUGUCUUAAAAGCAGAUCUUAACAAGUUGUAUUGGAGUGACGAUGAGUGCAUAGUGUCUUUUGAAAAUGUUGUUGGAAAAUGCUGUGUGGUGUACAGUAACAACUUGACUGUACCAGUAAUGAAGUGGUCAUGUGAAGGACCAGACAGAUUUUACUUCACAGAAACUUUUAAUUCAUCGACAAAGACAUUCAGUAGGCCUACACCUCGAGGAGAAGCAUCCCUUCUUGGAAAGCGAAUCAAGGGCAGCCAGUGUAGGAUGGAUGUAAGUGAGGUGAAAUACUGGCCAGAUGUUAACAGGAAGUUGAGAACAUUGGAUAUUUUUGCUGGUUGUGGAGGUCUUUCAUAUGGUCUUCAGCAGUCAGGUGUUGCUGAAAUAUGCUGGGCAGUAGAAAAAGAUAUGGCUGCUGCAGAAGCCUUCAGCCGUAAUCAUCCACACUGCACUGUUUUAAUGGAUGACUGCAAUUUGUUGCUCCAGCUUGUAAUGAAUGGAGGCAUAGAAAAUAGUAAACGUCAGCAGCUCCCACAAAAAGGAGAAGUUGACCUGAUAUGUGGAGGACCACCAUGCCAAGGUUUCAGUGGAAUGAAUAGGUUUAGCGAAAAACUAUACUCACGUUUCCAGAAUUCUCUGGUUGCAUCUUUCCUGUCAUACUGUGAUUAUUACCGGCCAAGAUUUGUUAUCAUGGAGAAUGUUCGCAAUUUUGUAGCAUUUAAGCAGAGUGUGGUUUUAAACUUGACUCUUAGAGCCUUGCUGGAGAUUGGUUACCAGUGUACAUUCACAGUACUUCAGGCAGGGAAUUUUGGUGUGCCACAGAGCAGAAAGAGGGUAAUACUCCUUGCCGCAGCCCCUGGAGAGCUCCUGCCUAGCUUUCCAGAAGCGACACACGCAUUUAGUCAAAGUUUGUGUCAGCUGAACGCUGCAGUAAAUGGACAGACAGUAAGUGUUACUAAAUCAUGGAUGUAUUCAGCCCCAAUGCGCACUAUAACAGUGCGUGAUGCUCUUUCUGAUCUUCCAGAAAUUCCAAACGGGCAUGAUAAAUGUGAAAUUCAUUACAAGAAAAGACCACUGACACAUUUCCAGCGUUUGGUCCGUGGCAAUGAGAAACAGAAGGUGCAAUUUUGUCAUAUGAUGAUGUUGCGAGAUCACAUCUGCAAGAAGUUGAACCCUCUAAAUGAAGCACGUGUUGCAAAUAUCCCUAAAAAUGCAGGAGCUGACUGGAGGGAUUUGCCGAAUAUUGCCAUGCGGCUUUGUGAUGGCUCUUACCUGAAGGAACUCAUGUAUACCAACUAUGACCCAAGAAGUGGACAGAUGCGUGGUGUUUGUCCUUGUGCUGAAGGCAAGGAAUGUGAUCCUGCAUACAAGCAGAAUAACACACUCAUCCCUUGGUCUUAUGUUCACACUGCCUAUGACCACAACAACUGGCGAGGGAGGUUUGGCCGUGUAAACUGGAAUGGUUUCUUCAGCACAAUAACAACAAAUCCAGAUCCAUCAGGAAUACAGGGCCGGGUUCUUCAUCCAAAACAGUCAAGAAUAAUGAGUGUUAGAGAAUUUGCUAGAGUGCAGGGCUUCCCUGAUAGUUUUAUUUUCUGUGGAUCAAUAGCAGAUAAGUACCGUCAGGUUGGAAAUGCUGUCCCACCACCAAUGAGUGCUGCUGUCGGGUAUGAAAUAGCAAAAUGCUUGGUAAUUCACACAGCAAGACAGUGCAGCGAAUGAACAAGAAUAUUAUAAAUUUAAUUACAUUUUUGC